AGAGAGAGAGAGAGAGAGAGAGAGAGAGGUAACUUGAAAGCUAAGAGAACCUUUUAGAGAAGUGGAGAAGACUGUGAGAAGGGAAACCAAAGCUGGCGAACAGGUGGUGGGAAAGAGUAGAUGUUUCGGCGAUGGCCAGAAACGAAACCUGGAGUGAAAGCGGCGGCGGGAGAGGGUCUUCGCCAUACCUCCACCACCUCCUUUAUCCACCGCCUUCUUCCGCCCACGUGCAACCGGAAGAAUCGAAGGCGCCCCAGGAGACGAAACCCGAGCUUUGCCCUGACAACUGCGGCGGCAACCAACAGGGCGUCUUAGGCCACGUGCGCCGCCCCCGAGGCCGUCCCCCGGGCUCCAAGAACAAGCCGAAGCCCCCUGUCAUCGUGACGAGCGACAGCCCCAACGCGCUCCGCGCCAACGUGAUCGAGGUCGCCCAAGGAGCCGAUGUGAUGGAGUGCGUGACGGAGUACGCACUACGGCGGGGCCGCGGGGUGAGCAUCCUGAGCGGAGGCGGCGCCGUCUCGUACGUCGCCCUCCGCCAGCCUGGUUCGUCGCUUUCCGGCGAAACGGUGGCGGCUCUGAGGGGGCGGUUCGAGAUCCUGUCGCUCACGGGGACCGUGCUUCCGCCGCCGGCCCCGCCUGGCGCAGGAGGCCUGACUGUGUUCUUGGCCGGAGGCCAAGGGCAGGUGCUGGGAGGCACCGUCACGGGGCCGCUGGUGGCCGCAGGGCCGGUGGUGCUGAUGGCAGCGUCCUUCGCUAACGCGGAGUACGAGCGGCUGCCGCUGGAAGUCGGCGACGAGAAAGCAGCAGCAGCAGCGACUGCGCGGGGGCAGCAACAUGCAGUGUCGCAGUCAUCCGAAGUUACCGGAAGCCGCGGCGAAGAAGGCGGCGGAAGUGUCGGCGUGCCAUUCUAUAGCCUGGGAGGGAGCUACCAGUUUGCAGGUGAUGCUUUCGGGGGGGUAAGACCACCUUUCUGAAUCCAUCGCGUGAGGUAUGGCCAACAGCUCGAAUUCAAAAGGACAUCAAGAAAGCUUCUUGAUCUGGUCAUGGGGACUUGUCAUCUCCGACAAGCUGUGUUUUGUUAUCAUCAUCAAUCUUCUUCGUCUGCUCUUUCUUGUGAUCGGGUCUUUCUGUGUGUGUACAGUCGCUAUGCUUUUGUGUACUUAUCUGUCACUUCAUCAUGAAAUGACCAUUCACUGCAGC